AUGGUGACCUGCAAAGAAACGCGUGCAGCCAUCAUUGCGUUGCAUAAAAAUGGCUUCACAGGCAAGGAUAUUGUGGCUACUAAGAUUGCACCGAAAUCAACAAUUUAUAGGAUCAUCAAGAACUUCAAGGAAAGAAAUUCAAUACUUGUUAAGAAGGCUUCAGGGCGUCCAAGAAAGUCCAGCAAGCGCCAGGAUUGUCUCCUAAAGAGGAUUCAGCUGUGGGAUCGGAGUGCCACCAGUGCAGAGCUUGCUCAGAAAUGGCAGCAGGCAGAUCUUAAUCCCAUUGAGAACUUGUGGUCAAUCCUCAAGAGGCAGGUGGACAAACAAAAACCCACUAAUUCUGACAAACUCCAAGAAGUGAUUAUGGCAGAAUGGGUUGCUAUCAGUCAGGAUUUGGCCCAGAAGUCGAUUGAGAGCAUGCCCAGUCGAAUUGCAGAGUUGCCUCAAGUAAAGAUGCUGAAGUUUGCAACAGGAGCUCUGUUACUUCUCCUCUCUUGGUUUGGUGGACCGGUCAAUGGAGAGAUCAGUGCCAACUUGGAGAAGUGCCUUAAAUUCUUUUAUGAAAAUACUACACCACAGGGCAUCAGUGGAAAGGGCUAUGAGGGAAUAUGUCAGAUUUAUAAAAAUAAGUACCGCUUUGCCACCAUGUAUGACAGAACACGUCGUAUACCAUUGUACUCUGCCUAUAUACUCAGUUCUCCAGAUGGUCCAAGACCUGAAACACCAUGGAAGAUUGAACCACAGCUGGCAUCACUCAAAGCCGACAAAGAAAUGGAGUACCGAAAAAAUCCUGACCAAAACGUGAAGGACAGCCAGGCAGUUGAUGAAGACUACACCAACUCUGGUUAUACCAGAGGCCACCUCGCCCCCAGCGGUCACCAAAACACAAAAGAAGACCGGAUUGCUACUUUCACCCUUACAAAUAUUGUUCCUCAAAUGGAAAAGUCCAAUAGUGGCCCCUGGAAUGUUCUGGAGAACCAGAUGUUAACGAGGUUUGAGAAAUUCUGCAAAGAGACAAUGUAUGUUAUCACUGGGGCCAUACCUUAUGAAUCUGGAGAGCAUGUCAUCAGUAAAAGGGUGCAAAUACCUGAGUAUAUGUGGACUGCUUACUGCUGCCCAACUCAACAGAAAGCUAGUUUUUUCCCCACUUAUGCUGCAGUGGGAAGAAAUGAUCCUAACAGUAAAGAGGACAUUGUGGAAAAGAAAAACAAAAAUGGCUAUGAUGUGAAGGAGAUGUCCUUGGAAGACCUGGAGAAGAUCUUGCAAAAAAGGCUAAACAUGUCUGGAAUCAGUCUAUUUAAAAAUAAAUGUAAGAAAUAA